AUGAAAGCACUUCUACUUAUCAGUACGCUAUUCAUUGGAAUAGUGUGCGCGAUACCAAAUGGCCCGCGCUGUCGCUGCACGCCGCGGGAACCCUGCUGGCCGUCUACAGCUCGAUGGAAAGCAUUGAACGAAUCCAUCGACGGAAACCUCGUCGCCGUUAAGCCAGUGGGGUAUGUAUGCCAUGACCCAAGUUUCGACCAAGAUGCUUGUGCGAACAUCACUGCAAUGCAACGCGAUUCCGUUUGGAGGUCCGGGGAACCAGGGGCACUUCAACAUAUAAACUGGGAGGCUUGGCCAGCGAAACAAGAGAGUUGCUAUAUUGCAGGUGAUAGGAAGAUUCCCUGUGGCCAGGGCCGAAUCUCGAGAUACUCGGCCGUGGUGCAUACCCCGGAGCAUAUCCAACAUGCUGUUCGAUUCGCCGCGAGGCAUAACCUUCGACUUGUGGUGAGGAAUACGGGCCAUGAUUUCCUUGGGCGGUCGUCAGCACCUGAGUCACUGCAGAUUUUUACCCAUUUAAUGAAAAAUGUCGAUUUUACGGACGAGUUUGUGCCCGAGGGUAAACGAGAUCGGCGGGCAGUUGGUUCUGCGGUUACAAUUGGCGCCGGUGUGCAACUUGCGGAAUUGUAUGAAGCAGUUGGGAAAGAAAACAAGGCUGUCGUUGCAGGCUUUUCCAACACGGUGGGCGCUGCUGGCGGGUAUAUUUUAGGUGGAGGGCAUUCCGCCUUGGGUCCGUGGAAGGGUAUGGCGGUGGAUAAUGUUCUUGAAUUCAAAGUUGUUACCGCGAGGGGAAACCAUAUUACCGCAAACGACUAUCAAAAUCAGGAUCUAUUCUGGGCUCUAAGGGGCGGCGGUGGUGGUACCUUUGGUGUGGUUACCCAGGUCACACUGCGGACAUUUCCAGAUGCUCCCCUUGUUACGGCAUUCAUGAACAUAACCCAGUUGGGCAAUGCGAACUCUUCAUACUGGGAUGGAAUGGAAAAGUUUCAUGCCUACCUCCCAACCCUGAGUGAUGCAGGCGCAUCCGGUUAUUACUAUAUGCUUCCAAAUGUACACCUACCUGACUUUGGGGAACUUGCUGUUACGUCUGUGAUCUUUUUCUUUGCCAACAACAAUAUCGCCAGUGCUGACAAAGCGUUUGCGCCGUUAUUGUCUUCGUUGAACGCGAUACCGGGUCUGCAGGUCGACUAUGCAUCCGAGCAGCUUCCUAACUCAGCAUCCCUCUACCAGUCUUCUCUCAAAGGAUCUGACAAUACAGGAACUGUAGCCGUCCUCGGAUCACGACUGGUAUCCCGACAUUUCUUCGAAAGCAGACACGGGCCUUCCACGUUGACAUCCGUUCUUCGGAAACUGAAGUAUCCGCCUGGCGUUCCAGUUAUCGGCCAUCUGGUUGCUGGAGGCCAGGUUGCCAAGAAUAAAGACAUCCAGGUUUCCCUCAAUCCAGCAUGGCGCAAAACACUUGUUCAUUUCGUGAUUUCGCGGGGUUGGAAGGAAGAUACCCCUCUUGCAGAGCAGCGUUCUAUCCAGUCCAACUUGACAAACGUCGAGGUUCCAAUGCUUAAGAGGUUGGAGCCGGACAUGGGCGCUUACGUCAAUGAAGCGGACCCAAAUGAAAAGAAUUUCCAAAAGAGCUUCUGGGGCUCCAACUAUGGUCGUUUAUAUCGGCUCAAGAAGAAGUGGGAUCCGAGGAGUCUUUUCAUCGUUCGUGCAGGGGUUGGUAGCGAGCAUUGGGACAAGGAAGGGGUUUGCCGAGUACGAGGCCGUGACUGA